CAAGCCCCACUGACGGCCGUUUCUGGGUCAUUCCGUUUCUCAACACGCCCAUAUCUACCGCUUUCACUUGCUUUCACGGCGUCGACUUAGCAUGGAGCAACAGAACGACGCCACUCCCUCGCCGCCGUCACCCUCAGCAGCGAAGCAGCCGCCGACUGCUGGACGACCACUCUGCGAGGCGAAAGGCGGGACAGAUGGCCAGAGCUCGCCGCUCUCGCCGCAACACAGGCUCCGGCGCGGACCCCGAAGUCCCGCCGCGAACGCUUCGCCAGCCAGAUCCCGAAAGCGUUCACCUCGCCGCAGAAGUCCCUGCAGAAGUGCCAGCGCCAGUCCCAGCCGAACUUCACCGCUGCCCAGUCCCAACUCCGGUACCACCCGGGCAAGGCUGGAACGCAAUGCGAGGCCUUCGCCCGUCAGGACCUGCCGCCGCACGGCGACACUUGGCCAGAGCAGCGGUUCUCCUCUUUCUUCCGCCGAGAAGAUUCCCCGCACGAUGCAGCCGUUUCCUGGACCGGUUACGGCAGGCACCGUCGGCCGCCUUACAAGUGCGCCGAUCGACCGCAACGCGGCGACCGCAGUCGAAGCCACCGACCACGGAGGUGUCCUGCCGGCGAGCACUUUGAGAUCUGCGGCUGCCGGCACAACAGCAGCUGCAGUACCUGGACACGACCAAGCAGCCCAAAGAAGGGACGCUGCAAACGUUCUCCCUCUCCCCCAAAAGCGAUUCUCCAGUGCCUUCGGGCCUUUCCACUUAGGAUCGGCUACCACGAAAGAGAAAAUACCGCCUGGUCGGAGUCCAAGAAGUGGGAAUUCUACCUUUCCGUUCUACGAGCCUAGAAGCAGAACCCCUCUGACUAGCACGGUCACCGGCAGAAACCAUAAACGGCUAAAGCCGGAAUUCGUCGUCGGCAUACUCUCUUCCGUCCUGCUGGCGUUCCUGUUGGUCGUCGGGUUCGUCAAGAUAGCGUUAUUCUCGUCGCCCGCAGCCUCCAAACUCUGCGUGACGCACGCCUGCCAAGCGUACUCCCUCCAACUCGUCUCGUCCAUCAACCGAUCGGUGGACCCGUGCGUCCACUUCACUCGCUUCGUCUGCGACGGCUGGCAGGGGCACCAUAACCUGGACGUCUGGGAAAGGCACUUUCUGCACUUCAUCAACCGCUUGGACGCCAGGCUGAAAACCAUCGACGUCCCUGCUGCCGAACAGAACGAAGAACAGCGGGCGGCCGCCGUGUACAUCAGCUGCGACAAGGUUUACCGAGGCAAGAGCGACGAGUUGCCCGCAGUCAAAACCGCGCUGGCUCUUGCAGGCAUCGUCUGGCCGCAGCCGUCCCGAGGAGCGGACGCUCUGUUCGCGUUGCUCUACAGUUCCCUCAAGCUGGGCUGGGACGCCGUCGCGAACUUCCGCGUCGCCCCACGUUCCGGCGCGGCGGAGGACGAACUGGUCAUCAGCCAAGGCACAUCUUUUGGCCUGCUGCGCGAGUGGUUCGCGCAAGAAAAAGCGACGGCCGUACAGCGGGACUACUACGAAUAUAUUAGGAGCCAGUUUACCGGCGACAGCGGCACGACUGUCGACGACGAGGUGUCGUACGAGUCCGUGUGGGAGAUCGCAGCAGCGGCGACGAAAGCCCUCAUGCCUUUCUUUGGCUUGUCCGAAGCGGCGCCUCAACCUGCCGACUGGUUGGUGAACUCAUACGGUGCGAAUUUCACAAAAGCGCGCUGGAUAGAUGCCCUGCGCCGAGUCGACAUCAGCCUGCCCGGUGGCUUGCGAAUAUCGGCCGAUAACCGUCUCUUCUUCGAAAUGCUACUCCGCAUGUGGGAACACUACGGUGAGGACAAUUUCCACCUGUUCGUCUCGUGGUCCACAGUACAGGUGGCCGCCCUUUAUGCGAACAGGGGCCUCAUUCUCAACUACUACAAAGAAAUUCCCAACAGGGUCACACUGUACUACAAAGCCUUCUGCGUCAGCAGGGCCGUCUUCUUUUCGCAAGCAAUCAUCGCGAGAUACAGUGGCGACGUCCUCGAGACUAGCGCAGCAGUAGUCGCAAAAGAAAUAGCACUGUCCGUGCGUCUGGCCUUUUCGCAUCGUCUUUCCACCUGGCCUUACUACAACGUAAACGUAACGGUGGUCGCGAACUGGAGCUCGUUGGAGUCUGCCUUCCGCCACAUUGAAUAUGACAACGAAGGAAGAACUGACGGUGGAGGGAGGCACGACAUGCCGGACAUGACCGACUCUUUUGUGGCGAACUGGCAGCAUUCGGUGCGCUUGCAUAAGACACGGCAAUUGGUGGAACUGGCGAAUGCGAUGAGGCGCUUGUGGUUCUUCUUCUCCCCUUUAGGCGAUAAUGAUUUUGAAAUGAUGCCCUACGCGCUGUCAUUCCCGUUUCUAGACCCGAAUCUGCCCACUCCUGUUAACUUCGGAGGCUUCGGAAACGAAGUGGUGGCCGCCCUCGGAUCCCUCUCUCUGGGAUCUUACAAUGCUUACAGCAACGCGACUGAUUAUCUGCUCAGCUGCUUGAAGGAGGGGCGAUCGGGCAAGCAUGAGUACUUCGAAACAUACGUGAACGGCUUGUUUGGCUACAGGGCCCUUGUGGAUGCUUACAGGCGAGCUCCUCCCACUACAUUAGCCCUCAAGCAACUCGAGCACUACAGCGACAUGCAACUUCUUUUCAUGUCGUCGUGUUUUCUUAUGUGUCCAGGACGUGGCAGAGGACAGCAAAAUGAAUGUGAUUUGCUGGCACAGCACGUUCCCGAGUUUUCAGAGACCUUUAAUUGCAGCCAGGGGGCCAUCGUAAACACAACUGACCAUUGCCUAAUGCUCUAGAGAAUGUUGGCACCAAAGUGUGUUUGAUGUGCUUGCUUUAUUGCUGUUGACAUGUGAUACUCAGGUGACGAUAAAUUUUGCGUCGAACAUUGUAUUCUUGUCAAUUUUCCCUUUAUAAUAGGACCUCAGUGUGACAGCUUCGCAUCGAAACCUCGUGCACUUUGUGAACAUGUAUUCAAUGCGAACUUCUUUAUUCGCGCUUGUGAGAAAAUUGUACUUAGAUUCCUUCAGUUCUUAUUCUUGUGUAAAGCAGGAGGGAUAAUGGGAGAUUAAGGACGCUUGCUUUCCGUUUUCAAUGACAUCAACGCAAAUAUUCGCUGAGGAAAGAAUAACACGUGGUAUGCCAUCGGGCUUUAUGCUUGGCAAUGCCUGCUUUCUCUGUAUUUGUCUUGAUUAGAUUAUUUCACCGUGCGUGAGCAUGCUCUCGUCUUCGUGUUGAGUAAUUUAAUCAGUUAUCUUCGGCUGUCUUUUUAUAGGCGUAAGCGUAUUUAUUUUUCUUCACCCACUGGGUGGUGCGGCAAAAGAAGAAAUAUACGGUGCACCUAUUUUAUGAGCUCAUUUAUUGGAGGCACUGUUAGGGGCAUGCCAAACAAUAAUUAAUGUCGAUGAAAAUA